AUGUCUGCAGUUUCGCUUAUUUCUAAUCUAAAUUUAUAUAAAUUCAGAAGGAUAGCUUUCCUGUGUUCAUGCCUCAGUGGCGGGGCCAAAAAUGAUUCAGUGCUUCAGAGCUGUACAUCGGAAGACCAGACGCAGGCAGCCCUUGGAUCUUUGGAAAUAAAACGUGAUGAAGACAAGCAGACUCCCUCAAAAAGUCUUAAGGAGGGGUAUUGCCCCAGCUGCCAGAUGCCUUUCUCAAUACUGCUGGUGCAGUCUCCGCAAUGGCACGUUGCAGAAUGUUUAGACAAGCCUGAAAACGAAGAACUCAAAGAAUGCCCAGAUGGCCUUCAGUGCACUUCCACUAUUCCAGGCCAUUACAAGCGGUACACCCACUUCCUGCUGGCCCAAAGCAGAGCAACGAGUGAUUAUGACAACUUCAUUUUGGAUAGUUCGCAAGAGAGCUCAGGCUUUUCAAACCAAAAUGUCAACCCCAGCCCCCCGGGAGGUAACCAGCUGGUCUCAAGUGGAAAGUCAAAUGCGCUCCUGCUCUUGAAAGCUCCUGCUCCUGAAGAUGUCAGGAAAAGGAAGGGGUGGUCUCCGAGGGCAACAAAAGAAAAAAAGUCCCCAAAGAGUGUUGAUGUUAAGGGCUGUUGGGAAUCGGCCAUUUUGCAAGAAGGUAAAACGUGCAAACCUAUAAAAACAAGUGAAAAUGAAGCACAGGGGGAAAAUGUGAAAAGGCAUCUGACUUUAGGCUCUAAUUCCAGUAAAGAAGACAUCUCGUAUUCACCUCUCUGUAGCGACAUUGAAGAUGACACAGUUAACCCAAGAUACAAAUCUCUUCCUGCCAGUUCACCUGGACAUAAAAAGAGUGACUGUACUGGUCUUUAUAACUCAGAAACGGGACCAGAACCUAAAACUACCACUUCCCAAUGUCCAAAUCUGUGGGAGCAAGACUUAAGCAGUGAUGAGCUUUUCACUGAUUAUUUUGACCUGCCUGCUAUAGAAGAGUCUCAGAAAGCAUUGAAGCCCUUUUCAGUGACUAACUCCCCUCUGGCUGUCUCGUUAACACAGCCUGAUCUCCAGGCAGGUGCAAGUAACACAUCCACAGGUGUUAAUUUAUCUCAAAUGAGGUCACCUGCUGUCAAAAGCCUGAGCCAACCAAGUUCAGGCCCUGGCAGGAGUGAUAGCUGUUGUGUUACUGAGAGAAGAAGUGCAACAAUUGAGGCUUCACAUGCCAAGAAUGAGCCUUCACUGCAGUCACCUCAGAGUUUAGUGUUGCAGCGUUUAAGGGACCAGUUAGGCAACCUCGAAAAUCAAAAGAUUAUUUCUUGUAGUUCAGACACAGGCUUCUUUGAAGUACAACAAGAAAGGCGUUCAUCUGAUCCUCCUGAACAACGCACCCCCCUCCACCUUCCCAGCAUGGCCUCCAAGAAAAUCAAAGCUAAGUCAGGCACUGCAGGACUCAGGCAGACAGACAUAGGGGUCUUCUUUGGACUGAAGGCCUUGAAGGAGCAAGAAGUGAAAGGGAAUGAUACGCCAAGGAAGGAGGACAUCCGGACGGGCGUGGUGAGCCCAAGUGUCCGUGCUGGCAGCAGAAGGCAAAAGAAGAGAAAAGCUACAAGUUCCCUCAGUGAUCCUAAUAUGUUGGUUGUGGCAGAUGGCCGCAAUGCUAAAAAAGAAUCGCAGACGCCUGUAGAAAAUGUAGGAUGGCCAAGAAGAAAAAGGUGGAACAGAAGACAAGGAGAGGAUGAGUCUGAGAAUACCAAACAAUGCCCAUUCUACAAAAAGAUUCCAGGGACAGGGUUUGCUGUGGAUGCCUUUCAGUAUGGACCUAUUGAGGGCAUCACUGGAUACUUCCUCACUCAUUUCCACUCGGACCAUUAUUCGGGACUAAAGAAGAGUUUUAGAUUGCCCAUCUUUUGCAAUAAAAUUACAGGCAAUUUGGUGAAGAGCAAGCUUCGAGUGGAAGAGCAGUAUGUUAACAUCCUCCCUAUGAAUGCUGAAUGCACUGUGGAGGGUGUCAGUGUUACAUUACUUGAUGCCAACCACUGCCCAGGAGCUGCAAUGCUGCUUUUCCAGCUCCCUAAUGGCAGGACAGUGUUGCAUACUGGGGAUUUCCGAGCCGACCCAUCUAUGGAACGAUACCCUGAACUGCUCGGGUCAAAGGUCCAAACACUCUACCUCGACACCACAUACUGCAGUCCUGAAUAUACAUUUCCCACACAGCAAGAAGUUAUCAGUUUUGCAGCCAACACUGCCUUUGAACACAUGACUUUGAACCCCCAGACAUUAAUUGUCUGUGGUACCUACUCCAUUGGAAAAGAAAAGGUUUUUUUGGCUAUUGCGGAAGUGCUGGGUUGUAAGGUUUGCGUGUCACGGGACAAGUACAAUACCAUGUGCUGCCUGGAGUCAGACAGUAUCAGAGAACGCCUUACAAUGGACUGGAACGCCACACAAAUGCACGUCCUGCCAAUGAUGCAAAUCAACUUUAAAGGUCUGCAGACGCACUUGAACAAGUUCUCUGGAAAGUACAAUCAAAUCCUGGCAUUCAAGCCAACUGGGUGGACCUUCUCAAGUCAGAAUACAUGUGUAGAAAGCAUUCAGCCUGUAGUUAGAGGAAACAUAAGCAUUUACGGCAUUCCCUACAGUGAACACAGCAGCUACCUGGAAAUGAAGCGCUUUGUGCAGUGGUUAAAGCCAGAGAAAAUCCUCCCAACGGUGAAUGUAGGGAGCUGGCGAAGUAGGAAGGAAAUGGAGAUGCUGUUUGACAAGUGGAUGACUGAAGUUAGACUGGAAGGAAUGAUGUGCCAGCCUAAUGCAGUAACUGAACCAAAUUGCAAUUUGCAUUGAUUCUUGUUCUGCUUUGUGCAGAUCGAAUGGGUUUGAGCUGGAUGUGCUUGACACAUGCAUAGAACAAGUGUCUAAAUGUAUCCAAAAUUGCCAAUUUUGCAGCAAACGGACAGCUUUCUAGUGGCCUCUCGUUGGGGAAACCUCCGUUUUUCACUUGCUUUCAAAUGCAAGUGUUCUAAUAAGGUGUCAUUUUUGCUCAAAUGUGGAUUUUUAAGUGUAUUAAAUAUGAACACCAAUAACCCUUCCAUUAUAAGGUUUUAAACGUG